CGCUAAGGUCACUGCUGUCAUUCGGUCCUAGCUAAACCAGCCGAAGGAGGCGGAGGAGAACCAGCAACGGAAGGUGCACGAAACAACCCCAGAAAACAAGCAACAUGUCUCUGUCUAACAAACUCACCCUGGACAAGGUGGCCGUCAAGGACAAGAGGGUCAUCAUGAGAGUCGACUUCAACGUUCCAAUGAAGGACAAGCACAUCACAAACAACCAGAGGAUCAAGGCGGCCGUCCCCACCAUCCAACACUGCCUGGACCACGGGGCCAAGUCCGUCGUGCUGAUGAGCCACUUGGGCCGCCCCGACGGAAACUUCGUGCCUGAGAAAUACUCUCUGGAGCCAGUCGCUGCUGAGCUCAAGACCCUUCUGAAGAGGGACGUCACCUUCCUGAAGGAUUGCGUUGGUGCAGAGGUGGAAGCCGCCUGCGCCAAUCCCGCCGCCGGAUCCGUCAUCCUGCUGGAGAACCUCCGCUUCCACGUCGCCGAGGAGGGAAAAGGCAAAGACCCCUCUGGGAACAAGACCAAGGCCACCCAGGAACAGAUUGACUCCUUCAGGGCGUCUCUGUCCAAACUGGGAGACAUUUACGUCAACGAUGCCUUCGGUACGGCUCACAGAGCCCACAGCUCCAUGGUGGGAGUGAAUCUGCCCCAGAAAGCUGCUGGUUUCCUCAUGAAGAAGGAGCUCGACUACUUCGCCAUGGCUCUGGAGAAGCCCCAGAGGCCCUUCCUGGCCAUCCUCGGAGGAGCGAAGGUGAAAGAUAAGAUUCAGCUGAUCAACAACAUGCUGGACAAGGUCGAUGAGAUGAUCAUCGGCGGCGGUAUGGCCUUCACCUUCCUCAAAGUCCUCAACAACAUGGAGAUCGGUACCUCCCUGUACGACGAGGAGGGCGCCGGCAUCGUCAAAGACCUGAUGGCCAAAGCCGAGAAGAACGGCGUCAAGAUCACACUGCCCGUCGACUUCAUCACCGCCGAUAAGUUUGACGAGAAAGCCGCCACUGGCACCGCCACCGUCGCCGCUGGCAUCCCUGCCGGCUGGAUGGGUUUGGACUGCGGCCCAGAGAGCUCCAAGGCCUACGGGGAGGCCGUGGCCAGGGCCAAGCAGAUCGUGUGGAACGGUCCAGUCGGUGUGUUUGAGUGGGACAACUUCGCCAAAGGGACAAAGAACCUAAUGGACAAAGUGGUCGAGGUCACCAAAUCUGGCUGCAUCACAAUCAUCGGUGGGGGCGACACUGCCACCUGCUGCGCCAAGUGGGACACAGAAGACAAAGUCAGCCACGUGAGCACAGGAGGCGGCGCCAGUCUGGAGCUGCUGGAGGGUAAAGUCCUGCCCGGUGUGGACGCCCUGAGCAGCGCUUAAACGUCUCAUCAGCUGGAGUGUGAGUGUGUGUUUGUGUUUGAGAGGUGGGUAGCUGCUCAGCCAGACUCCUCCCAACUCCUGAGACAAACCCCCCCCAGAAGAGAAUCAUAAAAGCACCUUUCCCCACCUUUACCCAGCAGAAACGGUUCCUCUUUGUCUGCCUUACUUCAUCGCGCUUCUUCGGGCUGGAAGUAGGAGACGUCACUUGACCUUAAACGUGUCUUCUGAGUUCGAACAGCUGGAAUCAUGUUGCUUCAGAACAACGCGAGGAGUCGGCAGCGUUGGCCCGUUUAAAAAAAAAAACCUAAACUCUCUGGCUCUUAUCUGUGUUUGGCUGCGUCACUUUUGCAUAGUUACACUGGACCGCACCACCCUGAGUUGUAUAACUACAGUACAGUAUAUGUAUGAAUAGAAAUGGUUAACGUGGAGUGCGUGUGUGUGCGUGAGUGUAGAUGUUACAUUUUCUGUGUCGGAGCUAACGUCUGGUCGUCUGUCCUGGUCCGGACUGACGCGUCUCAGCUGAUCGGUUCGGGGCUAAUAAAAAAACCGUCUCUGUGUAAAA